UCCUAUUCCCAUUUCCACAAUUUCCCCAGCCAUGUCACCCAACGCAACCUACGCAUCUACACACUCUCACCCUUCCCAUAUCGACAUCCCCCCAGCCUCAGGGCCCCCACAAGUCGCUGCGGACGACCUUGUUAUCACUCCCGAUGACGGCUAUACCCCGAGUGCGGCCAAGCCACCGCCUGCGAGAGGUAUAUUGAAGAACCCGUUGAGCGAUAGUAUUGGGCCUGAUGGCGAGCGUAUUGUUGGCGAGCACUUGCAGUGGGAUGAGGCGAAUAUUGCUUUGACAGAGGUCCAGAAGGAUUCUCUCAUGAAAAUCGAUGAACCAAAGACACCUUAUGUACGGUAUGAUGCCAUAAACGACCAAGUUCUUGCAAAUGACAGCGAUGUCCCUAGCUUUGACUUGGAAGACGACAAAGCACCUCGAUCACCUACUACCCCUCUAAGUCCUCGAAACAGUAUCGGUAUCAGCCCCGAUCAAGUUGCUCGAAACACACUUAUGAACUCUCAACCACCUCGUCGUCCAUCAUCAUCCACCUCUACUUCCUCGCGCUCUCCAUCCUUCUCCCUCCCUUCUAAAGAUCACCCCGUUCGACCGGGAUCAUCUUCCCCACGCACUUCAACGGGAUCGAUUCACAGUGCUAACGGCAGUGUCGGUGGUAUGGAGCUGGGGGCAACAGCAGCGAACACGGCAGCCAACAGCGGAGAAGUAUUUUCGGAUUCCGAAGAAGAAAUGGAUGAGGAGACGAAAGCGAGGCAUAAGGAAUUUGAGAAGAAGAGGAAUAGUCAUUAUUCCAAGGAGGCGGCGUUUGCUAUGAGGAAGGCAAAGGAGCUGCUUCAAAAGGAGGAGGAAGAAGAAGAGGACGAGGGGAAUGCGAAAGAAAAGAUGGAUCUGGAUGAGUAGGUGGGUUGAGCAGGUUGGAUGGGAGGUUGAUUUUCUUGUGAUUCAUUUUUCGCAUGACUUUUAUUAUUAUUAUUAUGACAAAGCGUUGUUCCAUACCAUAUAUCAUGACUGAUCUAUCCUUAUGUAACGGGUCUGUUCCUGUACUAUUGCAGUAAUCUCUCGAUUUGUCAAAGUAUCUAUGGAAGUGCAUUGGGGCGGCGGUGAAAGGUCGCUUGGUGGUGGUGGUCUUCAAACUGCUCUCAAGGCUGUAUGCAAAGACCAGAACAACAGAAAACAGACCAACAAAGGACGACCGGAGGAGAACGAAGAACGAAGUAAGGC